AUGGUUCCGGUUUUAACAAAUUCCGAGGUGUGAAAGUUUCCCGCGAGAAUUUCCAUUUUUUUGAAUGCCAAAACAAUAUUUGCGAUGCUAACAUGAUGGAAGAGAAUCGACAGAUUGUAAACCGCUGGAUUUUAGAGUUUACGCUUUCGAUGAUAUGGAAGGAUUUUGUGGAGUACGGAACCGUUGACCGCAUGAAUAACAGGGAUCUCAUACAAUGGAUUGUUGCUCAGAAGUUGUUUGAGGAAGAGAAGGACCUACGACAGAUCUACAUCCUGUCCCUGAUCUGUCGCCUGGUGGACGGCGAGGUGUACGAGAUGAAGUACACAGAAGACAGCAAGCUGACCGUCCUGGAGGAUGCUGCGGACGUUCUGAAGAUCUUGCUGACAGAUAUGGAGGAGCCUCUCCUAAAGGAAGGUCGGGAUCUAUUGGAUGAACUCAAACUUCAGGCGGUGUAUGUUUGCUGUAGGGAUGACAAUUUUGAAGCAGCAGAAGAGGUUUACAAUCGUCAGUUUUCAUCCAGCACUGUCGAACAAGCGAGAACACGAUCAGAAAACAAAGAGAACAACCAAGAAAUCCUGAAGCUACUAAAAUCCCAAAACCCCCAACACAGCACACUGAAUUCACAGAAAUACCAGCUCUUCUUAUCCAGAGCACAGAAGUUUCUGCAACAGUUCAUUAAAGCAGAGGAACCAGUAUUAUUACAGAUGGCAGAAAGACAAUGGAAACCAGAGAGAACAGAACUGAGGCCGGACAAAUAUCAGGACAAACGAGUUAAUCUAGGGACAUUAAUGAAAGUGCAAAGAAAUAUUGGUGUACCAGAGGACAGUCCUUGGCCAAAUUUCAUGGAACACAGGGACUUGAAAGAGCAUGUGCAGAAGGUGAAUGCAGAAAAAGGAAAACACACAGACACCAAUGUGAAUGCAGAUUCAGUAUCUCCAAGGAAGAGUUCAAGUCCUAAAAAGAGGAAACUCUCAGAGAGCUCACAUUCUCAGGAUAUCAGCUAUAAGUCACUAGGAACAAGGAUCUAUGAAAAACAUCACUUAAGCCCCAGUACGGUACUGAAUGCUGAUAUUCCUAAGUUAAAUGUUUGGCACAGAGAGCAGUCCCGACAAACGACAGGGGUUCCAAGCUCACCACCGAAACGACACCCCUGGCUCGAUGCUGAGGUAAAUGAUUUCUAUCGCUGCGUACAGAUACACGGUGUAGGAAAUUGGAAUAAGAUUAAAGAUGCCAUGAAUACCAGUAGAAGCAAUGUUCACCUCAAGGACAAAUGGAGAACCAUAAUGAAAUCACGGGAGAUAGACAGACUGAGGAGGAAAUUCGGACCAGUGAAAAUAUAAAAAAUUACAUUUGUACAUUGUAUCAUUCUUAAAGUAGUAGUGUCUGUUUUAAGCUCACCUGAGCACAACAAGGCUUUAGUAAGCUACUCAGGCUCCAUGACCAUAGACUGAAAAGUAUAGACUCGAGUCAGUUCACAUGUAAACCCUGAGUUUGUUGAAAUUACACAAAUUCUUUAUUUUAUUAUACUUUUGAGAUUCUGAAUCAUAUCAAAUUCUAAUCUCAAAAUGAAUUUUAUUGAUAAAAGUAUCAAUCUUUUAUGGAUUGAAUUGAUUUGAAAUUUUAAUUUGAGUUUAUCUCAGUUUACAGUCAUGGUGCCACAUCACAGUCCAUCGCCAUCAUCGCAGUAUCGUAAUCUUUUCAUAUUUUCAACCUCUCCCUGGAGAUUGAUAGUCCAAUUUUAACCAAGCUUAAAACAAAGCAUUGUUUGGUAAAGAGUGUUGAAGUUUGUUCAAAUGAUUCUAUGGGAUGAUGAUAAGAAAACACAAAAAUUGUUUAGUGUGUCACAUUUUUUUUCAUUUCUGAAGAAUCACUAUGACAAAAGUUAAAACUUGUGUAAUGAAGAUUGAAGUUCAAACCUCCCUGUAGAACUGUGGCUCUCACCCGGGGAGGGGGGGGGGGGUUGUCCCAAAUUUUUGCUUUCCUAUGGAACUACAUGCAGUCAGUUCAUACCACAAGCCCCGGGCAACAAUGGAUGUUCAUUUCAAGGUGACCGUUAAGGCCCAUAUAGGUCUCUAGUCAUAUUUUAUGAAGGCAUAUAGGCAAUAAUCCACCUGUGUAGAUUAAUGUGUUUAUUCUAUUGCUCCCUGGGGCGAUGGCAGGGGCCACAAUAGGGCUUCAAAGAUGGACAAACAUCUCGAAAUAUAUUAGGAAAUUCUUUAAAAAUCUUUGUUGUAAGAACCAAAUUAAUACAAAAUUUUCUGAAUAAAAAGUGAUGAGGACAAGUUGUGAAGCUACAUGUAAUAUGUAAGCACUCACAUAUACUGUAGAUUCCUAAAUAUACGCAAAGAAUUUAUGAUCAUGUAAUUUCAUGAGAGGCGUCACUCGCGAAAUAAAAUUUAAUUUUCUGUAGUUAGAAUACAUGUAAGAACAGAUGACACAUGAAUUCAUGUUCACGCGAUUUGAGGUAUACGAGUCAUUUUGCCAUAUUAAAUACUUGUGUAAAAUGAGGAGUCUACAAUAAAAUUUGCAUGUACAUAAGUUAAAAGUCCUUUGAUCAGGUAGUCCAAAAUUUUACAAUGGAGUUAUAAAAAAAAAAAUUCUCAGUCAACAAAAGUACUAUAUUUAUCAAAUGAUUUUGAGCAGGCAUACUCGUGUAAUGUUGAUUCAAGUUUGUUCAAAUCGUUACCAAGGGCCGGGGUGGGUUGAGAAGUUUUUACAUAAUCAUUAUGUAUGGAAAAAAUGUAAAUCAUAUCCUCAGGACCCAGGAUAUUUUCAUUUAUUUUGAAAACCACAAAGAUACCCUUAAUAUUAAGGUAGAUCGAUCCUCAUGUGAUGUCAUAGGUUUUUACAAAAAAGAUUUUAAUUAUUAAAUUAAACUUUGCUCAUGAUAGAAAUAUGCCUUUCAAAAACAUUUAAUUCACUGGAUAAAGUUAAAAAUUUGUAAAUUGUUGAUAGUGAAAAAGUUUUAUAUUUUCUACAGAUAAUCAAUAAAAUGUUGUCAAUGACAAUAACUCCAAGACUGGUAUUUCCUCUAUUGUAUGUUUAUCAUACAGUGAUUUACUUAAUAUCCAAUUGAAUUAUUCAUAUUUAUAAAUUAGCAGUUUUUCUAAACAGUUGGCAUCAAAAAUUUGUCAUUUUAACAAGUUUUUAUCUAUUUUUAUUAUUCUGUUUUACGUGUGAUUUUCUGAUGUUUACCUCUACUUCUGAUUAUACCCCCCGCAACAAGUUGUGGGGGGGGUAUACUGGAAUCGGGCUGUCCGUCCGUCCGUCCGUCUGUAGACGCAAUGGUUUCCGGGCUCUAAAGCAUUAUCCUUUCCACCUACCGUCACCAUAUCAUACAUAUGGACUACCCAUGGGAUGAAGAUGUUCCCUAUCGAUUUUGGGGUCAAAAGGUCAAAGGUCACGCGCACUGGACAUCGAAGUAGCAAUAUGGUUUCCGGGCUCUAAAGCGUUAUCCUUUCCACCUACCGUCACCAUAUCAUACAUAUGGACUACUCAUGGGAUGAAGAUGUUCCCUAUCGAUUUUGGGGUCAAAAGGUCAAAGGUCACGCGCACUGGACAUCGAAGUAGCAAUAUAGUUCGGUUUGUCAUGCCAUUUGUUUUUUACACUCAGAAAAGAGGUAGUUUAUACCUAUUACCAACACCCUUUGGGAGAUUGGGGUAAGCGGGGGGUAUUCUUAGUGAGCAUUGCUCACAGUACCUCUUGUUUUGUCUGACAUCAUUAAAAAGGUUGCUACAUACAAAUUUUCUUUGGUUACUUAAUUAAAUUAAACUGAAUGGAAAUUAAUAGUUUUUCCACUUUCAACCAUUGAUAUUGAUAAGUCACAUGAGGAUGGAGCUACCUUAAUAAUUAUCACUCAAAUUUGAAUGAUGAUGGUCUGGACUAGAAUUUAUUUAAUGUACUACUAGAGACCUAUAGAUCUUUGUGAAUCUUUACAAAAGUAAUAGGAUAAAAAUGCUUAAUCAAAGGUUGUAUUUUAUCUUAACGAAUAUUUGAAAUUAGUAUGGCAUUUGUACAACUAUUAUGUUAGCUUUCAAUAAAUGAUAUUCAAUUUC